AUGCUGUCAGCAGGCACUUAUGGCAUUUAUCAGGGAUAUCGGUUGGCAACCGGAAAUCCCACCACGUCCUCUAGCAUCGCUGCUGAUCGUCUGCGGUCGAUUAUUCAGUGGGGUGCCCCCGCCUAUUCACGACUAACCGCUAAGGUGGCGGUUCUCCUAACGUGCAUCGUGAAUACAGAAGAGUUCAAGAAAAUUGACCCAGAUUUGGCCCCAAGUUUACCAGAAGUCGAAAGAGGUAUUCGUGACGGUUUCCUCUCUUUAGAUGACCGCCUGCGGCAAUUACCUCAAGUGGCGAGUGGUGAAGACAAAUCUGGUUCGACGGCGGUGUGCGUUUUAAUCACUCCAAAUCAUAUCUUUUUUGCCAAUUGUGGAGAUUCACGAGCAGUAUUGAUUCGUCAGGGAGAAGUCGCGUUUGCCACAGUGGAUCAUAAACCCAUUAAUCCAUCAGAGAAGGAACGCAUUCAAAAUGCCGGAGGAUCGGUUAUUGUGGAGCGCGUUAAUGGUUCACUUGCAGUCUCGAGGUAUGCUUAA